AUGAGCAAACAUCGUGGGGGCGGCCCUCGCCACCGUGCAGCCUUGCUGCUGGUGUUGGGAGUAGUCAGCAGCCUCUUAGGAGGCCAUGUUGUGCAAGCGAUCUAUCCCGACGGUCACUUUGAUUACGUUACAAAGAUUACAGACAAAGGUCAUCUCGAGGCCGUCGUCGCCGAUACGCUCAAGACAGACGACACGCUGUUUGUGCUCACAAAGGCGUUUGCGGAAAGUGGGAACAAACAAGUUCGCUUUGCGGACAUUACUCUUUCGGAAGCCCCCAUUUCGGGUCCACCCUACGAUGCUGGCAAGGGUGGAUGGCCCACCAUUCGGUAUUUCAACAAGGAGACGGGCAAAGAUGGAGCUCCUUAUCAGAAAAAGACGGACAAGUCCAUGUGUGAUGAACUGGGCAAUUUUGACAAUAUGCUGGAUUAUGUGGAAGAAGCGGGUAACACUGCCUUGUGUGCCCCCGACGGAUCUGGAUGCGAUGAACGAUCGGCCAAGUACAUGGCCAAAUUCAAGGCCAAGUCCAAGGAGGAGCAAGCUGCACAAUUGAAACGUCUGGAAGGAAUGGACGGAAGCAGCAUGAAACAAGAUCUUUUGGAUUGGAAAGAAACUCGCAAGAGGUUGCUCAAAACACUCCUGGCCACUCAUCACACGGAAUUGUAG